ACACUGCUGCCCGAAGAAUUUGACAGAUUGAAAAAUGUGUAUGUGGGAGCGUAAUUAAAACGUGUGAAAUAAAAUAAAAUAGCAAUAAAACAGUAGGAAUCAUGGAUUACAAUUAUGAACAGACAAGUGAGGUAGAAGCUUUAGACUCUAUUUAUUAUGGGGACAUGCAAGUGAUUGAAACGAAACCGUUCCACAAGUUUAGUAUACCGAUAAAGUCUGAAGGGUUCGACGAAGGCGAAGGUCUGGCGUGUCAGCUAGUCUUCACAUACACUGCUAAGUACCCUGAUGAGUUGCCCGUCAUAGAAAUAGAGGAUGAAGAGAACUUUGAUGACAUAGUUGAUAAGGAUGAACUGCUCUCACAUUUAACUGAACAAGGAAAUGAGAACCUAGGUAUGGUGAUGGUGUUCACAUUGGUAUCGGCGGGACAAGAGUGGCUCAAUGUGAGAUGGGAUACUAUAAAGAAAGAGAGAGAAGAACAAAUACUGGCCAAAAAGAAGGCAGAGGAGGAAGCUGAACUGAAAAGGUUUGAGGGUACCCGAGUCACAGUUGAGUCCUUCCUAGCAUGGAGGAAGCAGUUUGAAAUAGACAUGGGUAUUCCUGCUAAGAGAGAGAAGGAAUCUAAAGAUAAGAACAAGCUGACCGGCAGAGAACUAUUCCUGAGGGACACAACUCUCAAUGAAUCUGAUCUUAAAUUCCUUGAUGAUGGAGAUGCAGUCAAAGUCGACGAAUCUCUAUUCCAAGACCUGGAUGACCUUGAAAUAUCUGACGAAGAUGAUGAAGACUAUGUUCCAGGUCAGAGUGGCAGUGAGAGUGAUUAGCAAAUGGUGAGUCCCCACUCGCGGGGACAGUGAACCAGUGAUAGAACUAUACGCCUACUCGGCUGACGCGCGGCCUUUGAUCCUUGUGGUUUACCCAGUUACUCAGUUAUUGUUCAAUAAAACUACUUAUAUUUA